AUGGUUUGGACCGGUUCGCGGUGUUCUUCAAAAAUCGACGGUCCCAAGCCACCAAACUCCAACGGCAGCUGGCUCGUCAUGCUCAAAGUCAUCAGGAAAUUCGACUUCCCCGUUGCGGACCCCCCACUGAUCUCCACCAAACACCCGCACGGAACGCCUCCAUUCAGCGCCUUGUCGAGUUUUUCAUCGCCCGAGGUGAAAAACCGUCGCUGUGUGUCCAUUUCGGCCAAGUUUCGCUUUAUCGGCGCUUGUUUCGCCAACAGUGCGCGGAGAUCGCAAACAAACGACUCGAUCUCGGAAAUGGGCACCCCAACUUUCUUGGAAAUGUCCUUCACGGGCCACAGCAAAAGCUCCUGCGACGUGAUCUGA